AUGUUGUCUAACAAGGCCCAGGCUUUGACCUUGACAAUUCCAACAAAUACCAAGCACUCACGAGAUGAAGAUGAAGAGAGGGAAAUGCUAAGAAAAGAAAGGAAGAGGUUGAAGCGAGCUGAAGAAUUUGAAAAGAUCAUUUCAGAUAGUCUAGUACUCGAUCACCAUGCUGUCCAAGAGCAAAGUGAUAUUCAAGUUCAAGGGCAGCCUGAUAGCUCACAACCUGAAGAAUGUUUGCAGCUCCAGACUAUACACACAACUUGUUCAGGCAGACCAGUUCGCUUACCAAGACAAUAUGUUGAUUUUUUACCACCAACCGUCACUCAAAGAAGACAAGACACUCAAACCAACUAUAUGCACCCCUCUCCUCACACAUCUGAACACCAAAUUCCACAUUCCCAAAGUCCCCAAGGUCUUAAAUCUAGUGAGGACAUGGAUGAAAUUCCCUCAGAGAAUAUUGAGAUGAAACCAGAUUCAUUGAGUCUGUAUCGUAUAUACUUGGGUCAGCCAUCCUCAACCCCAGAAAGUGGCAUGUCACUGGACGCUAUAUGUGAUGCUCCAAACCUCAAAGCAGACAUGACAGAAUAA